UGUCCGACCAGACUUUGCUUUAUAAGUUUGCAACUACAGAUACUCCCAACGUAAUUUUCACAACCAGCGCUCAAACUAGCCACCAUAGAGUGCGGUUCUAGUUUCGUGUUACUGACCUAUGAUGUUGGUACUUGCCUUCGUGUUUAUUGCAUCGGUUGGAUUUGUUGCCGGCGGCACGCGCCACAGUAAGCCACCCGUAAAGGCGAUCCAGCACGCGGUCACUGAACCGAGCGACGUCCAACUGCCCAAAUGCGUCCCCGGUAUCCCGACAGGUUAUGCCUUUGAUACUCCAGCUCAAAAUGGCGUUUGGUACCAGUACAUGUACGGUCCCGCCGGUCCCGAACUGCAUGACUUCGUUAACUGUAUGGAACUAGACCGCGGGAUUGGCUGGGUGAAAGGUUCAAAAAACGGCGCCUACAUGCAGGCUACAACGGCCGUUUGUCGUUUUGACGCGGCACCUCACAACUGCUGGGGCGGUUAUGUUAUGCAGAACACGACGAGCAGCGGAUUCUGCUACGGAUCAACACGGCUGAGUCCCAACCUGGGCGCCGGAGAUGCAGUGCAAGAGCAUUGGUUCUACAAACUAUAUCUGGAGCCCGAAUUAUUCUAUCUACGCGCCGGGUGUUUUGACCCGGACAACUUCCUCGGAAGCGUCUGCAAGCAGCCGGGUAUGUCGGUGUGGACCCGCAAGAAGCCUAAGGAUAUCACGCCGUUGGAGGAUGCCAUAAUCCGUGACGCCAUCGAUGACCGGUUUCAGUUCAUGUGUGUAUCAUCCAAAGAUAUGAUUUACAAUACCUGGCUCUAUGACCUCCCGGAUUGCGAUUUCCCCGGAAGGUCGAAGAAGUACCUGGAGGAUCAGCGCUACGCCGAAGAGAAUCUCGUCCAUAAAUGCGUCGUUAAACAGGGCUCCUCGUGUCCUCACCCUUCAGUUCUCUGAUUUUUUUCGGAUUGCGAUAUUGUCUUCAUGGCACAUGUACUACGUUCCACAGGACUGGUUUACAGUAAUACCACGCAUACAAAAUCAGUAUAAUAAAAUGGAAUUCUAGUG